CGGACGGUGGAUCUGCAGCCCUGUAUACUAAACAGGAAAACGAACUUUUCAUCAUGAACUGCGACAUAGAUGGAGACAUGGAGAACCAGGUGGAGAUGGAGGAGAAGACCAGGUUGAUAAAUCAAGUUUUGGAACUUCAGCACACACUAGAAGACUUGUCYGCGCGAGUCGACGCCGUCAAGGAGGAGAACCUAAAGUUAAAGUCCGAGAACCAGGUGCUGGGUCAGUACAUAGAGAACCUGAUGUCGGCCUCCAGCGUCUUCCAGACCACCGACACUAAAAGCAAACGGAAAUGAUCGGGUCUCGCAGGGAGGGGAGCCCACCUCAGAAGGGUUUGUUUUCUCGGCAGAACUGAGAGUUUUCUGUAACRUGAGUAGGAACUAAAACAUGUAAAUAUAAAAAAGUUUGUAAAUUAUUUCACAGCUGUUUUUUUUUUUCUGUUUUAAGAAAAUUUUGUUUUCCUGUGGACUUCUCAACAUUUCGUUUUUUUUUUUGUCUGUAACACUUAUUUUGAGCAUAAACCCUGAUAACACUGUUCUAUUUGAGUUAUUUAUUCUGUGAAGUAUUUUGUGGCUCAGAUACUUGGAUCUUGUGUGUGUAUUCCUACGAUUAGAAGCUGAUAAACUGAACAGUGUUUAGCAGAAUGAGGAUGGCURGUUACUGAAACCUGAAGUGUUUGUAAUGCAGGUUUGCAAAUCUAAUAAAACGUCAUUAACUCAA